AUGCUUGCUCACAGUUUGAUGCGUAACUCUUUGCGUAACACCGCUCGUCGUUUACCUACCUUAUCCCGUUUCAACUCUAACGGUAAAGUUCAAGGUCAAGUUAUUGGUAUCGAUUUAGGUACCACCAACUCUGCUGUUGCUUUAAUGGAAGGUAAAAUUCCAAAAAUUAUUGAAAAUGCUGAAGGUGCUAGAACUACUCCAUCAGUCGUUGCCUUCACCAAAGAAGGUGAACGUUUAGUCGGUAUCCCAGCUAAACGUCAAGCUGUUGUUAACCCAGAAAACACUUUAUUCGCCACCAAACGUUUAAUUGGUCGUCGUUUUGAAGAUGGUGAAGUUCAAAGAGAUAUCAAAGAAGUUCCAUACAAAAUCGUUAAACAUUCCAACGGUGAUGCUUGGUUAGAAGCUAGAGGUGAAACUUAUUCACCAGCUCAAAUUGGUGGUUUCGUUUUAAACAAAAUGAAAGAAACUGCUGAAGCUUACUUAGGUAAAUCAAUUAAAAACGCUGUUGUUACCGUUCCAGCUUAUUUCAACGAUUCUCAAAGACAAGCUACUAAAGAUGCUGGUCAAAUUGUUGGUUUAAACGUUUUACGUGUUGUUAACGAACCAACUGCUGCUGCUUUAGCUUAUGGUUUAGAAAAAGCUGAAUCAAAAGUUGUUGCUGUUUUCGAUUUAGGUGGUGGUACUUUCGAUAUUUCCAUCUUAGAUAUUGAUAACGGUGUUUUCGAAGUUAAAUCAACCAAUGGUGAUACUCAUUUAGGUGGUGAAGAUUUCGAUAUUGUUUUAGUUCGUCACAUUGUUGAUCAAUUCAAAAAAGAAUCCGGUUUAGAUUUAUCUGGUGACCGUAUGGCUAUUCAAAGAAUUAGAGAAGCUUCAGAAAAAGCUAAAAUUGAAUUAUCAUCAACUGUUUCUACUGAAGUUAACUUACCUUUCAUUACUGCUGAUGCUUCAGGUCCAAAACAUAUCAACUUGAAAAUCUCAAGAUCUCAAUUUGAAGGUUUAGUUGAAGAUUUAAUUAAAAGAACUAUUGAUCCAGUUAAAAAAGCUUUGAAAGAUGCUUCAUUAACCACUUCAGAUGUCGGUGAAGUUAUCUUAGUUGGUGGUAUGACCCGUAUGCCAAAAGUUGUUGAAACUGUUAAAUCAUUAUUCAAUAAAGAACCAUCUAAAGCUGUUAAUCCAGAUGAAGCUGUUGCUAUUGGUGCUGCUGUCCAAGGUGCUGUCUUGGCCGGUGAAGUUACCGAUGUCUUAUUAUUAGAUGUUACUCCAUUAUCUUUAGGUAUUGAAACUUUAGGUGGUGUUUUCACAAGAUUAAUUCCAAGAAACACUACUAUCCCAUCUAAGAAAUCACAAAUCUUCUCAACUGCUGCUGAAGGUCAAACUUCUGUUGAAAUCAGAGUCUUCCAAGGUGAACGUGAAUUAGUUCGUGAUAACAAAUUAAUUGGUAACUUUACCUUAUCAGGUAUCCCACCAGCACCAAAAGGUGUUCCACAAAUUGAAGUUUCCUUCGAUAUUGAUGCUGAUGGUAUUAUCAACGUUUCAGCAAGAGAUAAAGCUUCCAACAAAGAUGCUUCUAUCCAAGUUGCUGGUUCAUCAGGUUUAUCAGAUGCUGAAAUUGAAAAGAUGGUUAACGAUGCUGAAAAAUACGCUGAACAAGAUAAAGUUAGAAGAGAAGCUGUUGAAAAUGCCAACAGAGCUGACCAAGCCGUUUCUGAAACUGAAAAAUCAUUAAAAGAAUUUGAAGGUAAAAUUGAUCAAGCUAAAGCUGAUGAAGUUACCAAACAAAUCACUGAAUUAAGAGAAUUAAUUGCUAGAGCUCAAGGUGGUGAAGAAGUUAAUGCUGAAGAAUUGAAAACUAAGACUGAUGAAUUAAGACAAUCAUCAAUGAAGGUCUUUGAAGAUUUAUACAAAAACCAAGGUGAAGGUGAAGGUAAAUCUGAAGAAAAGAAAGAAUAA